AUGGCGAUCUCGGAGGCGAGCAGCAAGGAGAGGCUGCAGGAGGCCUUUCAGCACUUGCUCGCCGUCAUCGGCAGCGAAGAGGACCGGCUUGCCGCAUCGUGGCGGAAAGUCGAGGAACAGAAGCAGGCGGCUGAAGACCAAACGCGGCUAGCAGCUGACAUGAUGCAACAGGCCCGCGCCAUCUUAGAGGCCGCGCCGCCGGCGAAGCGGUUCCAGCCCUCAGGGCCCGUUAGGGACCAGGCUGCCCCUCGCCUCAGACCUCGGAUUCUGGGCCUAGGCAGCCCGAUGCGCCGACUGCCAGAGGACCAGACCGUGGACGAAGAGGAGGACGACGAUCCAGGCCGGGGUGCAGAGACUCAGAAAGAAGGAAAACUGCUCAAUCUUUAA